ACCAAGCACUACCUUAAUUCACCAUGUCCAUAGCCACCUGAUCAUCCUAGUAAGCUCUCUUUUCUCUCACACGCUCCCGAAACCUGAAAUGUCUCACGAGGUACACGAUGAAGGUGGUAUGCCGAUGCCUCCGAUGGCGAUGACACCACCGUCGACAAAGCCCAUGGGCGACCUGAGCAACACAUCUGAUUCUUCCAUGAUCAUGAACAAGAGCCUCUACUGGGGCAACGACGUCAUUAUACUCUUCUCCGGCUGGCCUGGCCACGACCACCCCGGCAUGUAUGUCUUAUCUCUCGCCUUCCUCUUCCUCCUCGCCAUCGCCGUCGAGAUUCUGUCAGUGGGUCCUACUCUGAAGCCAACCGCAACUCCUCUAGUCUCCGGGGUUACUCAGACGGGUAUAUAUGCCCUGCGCACCGUUUUGGCUUACUUGGUCAUGUUAUCUGUCAUGUCUUUCAAUGUUGGAGUCCUCAUAGCCGUGGUGGCUGGCCAUGCCCUAGGUUUCUUUGUCGUCAAGGUUCGUGCGCUUAACCACCUCGCCAGCCAAGCCGAUCCGACCGAUUCGCUCAAAGUAUGAUCGAUGAUGAAUCAGAGUGUCUUCUUUUCAAUUAAGUGGCUCCAGUUUUAUAUUUGGUACGUUGUGGUUUGUUUGUUACCUUUUGUAUCAUAUUGCUCAUAGCUCGUCUGGUUCUGGUUGUCUCAUUUAUGUAAGCUUUCUUGUGUGGAACUUUUCGUUGUUGUUGCUGUAUCAUUUUCUACUUAUUUAUGCGUGCUUGUUGUGCUU